UUGCGAUACACUGUGGCAGAAAGUGAAAGAACAUAGUCUUAAUUAGUAGAAUUGUUUCCUAGUAGACUUGUUACUGAUACGAAAUCCGGAGUAUACAUGAGAAGGAAACAUUACUCAUUGCGACAGGUGUAUGGUGUACAUAUUCCUCGUUCUAUAAAUACACCAAUUAUUAGGGCCUUGAACCACCGGUGGUGAACCCAACCAUGCAUGGGACACACAGUGUAAAUAGACCUCUCGGGGCACUAUAAAUUCAAAGCCCGCACCGGCUGGCUGGAGUAGGCUAAUCGGGCUGGGUGGGGGAGAUUUUCAGUUGACGGCUGAAUUUAAGGCUAGAGGGGUUGACAUUCUGAACAAAAUGGAGUCCACCAUCGAGUACGUCUAUGAGCAAAUGCUCAACCGUAACGUCGUCGUUUUGAUAGCAGUGUCGCUCGCCGUUACCUACGGCCUGUGGAACCGGAGGGGCAACCUCCCUCCCGGACCAUGGGGGCUGCCAUAUUUUGGCCUGGUGCCGUACUUGCUCCUGAUGGACUGGUUGUACGGACUUCAGCGGCACGAGGCACUGGCGAGGGUGGCUGGGAGGUACGGUAAAGUGUUCAGUUUCACGGCCUUCGGACGAGUUGUGGUGGUCUUGAAUGAUGCCGAGGCGAUCAAGGAGGCGUACCAACGACGGGAGAUGAACGACCGACCGAGGAUGAAGGUUAAGAAUCACUCCCUCGGAAAAGGUGUGGCUUUCGCAUCUGGCGAUUGCUGGAAAGAGCAGCGGAGCUUCAGCAUCCGUACCUUGGAGAGUCUGGGAGCUGGCCGGCCAGUCCACGAAGAAAAGAUCGCUCAAGAAGCCCGGACGGUCCUGGACGAGAUCGCAUCCCAUGAAGGUAAACCCUUCGACCCCAAGUUUCCCAUGCUGAUCUGCGUCUCCAACAUCAUCUCCACUUUGCUGUUCAGCAUCAGGCACGAAUACGAUGACGAUAAGUACAAAGCCUUCCUGGACAUGAUUGCCGAGAUAACUCAUCUCAUGGGCACCUCUGGGGCCAUCCAAAGCGCCCCUCUCAUCAAGCAUCUCCCUCUGGAUUCCAAGAAGCGGCUGGCCGAGUUUGGUACAACAGAGUGUAGGUACAUGAUCGGUAUCAUCAAGGAGCACCGUAAGAACCUGGACCCUGGGAACCCAAAGGACUUCACGGAUGCCUACCUCGGUGAGAUACUCGCCAAGGUGCAGAGCGGCGAGACCGAGUCUCACAUCAGUACGGAGAACCUCCCGCAUACCCUAAUACACCUGUACUCAGCCGGUACAGAGAAUGUCUCCACUACCCUCCGAUGGGGUUUGAUGUACAUGAUCGCGUACCCGGAGGUCCAGGCACGAGUCCAGGAGGAACUAGACCGAGUGGUAGGACCCAAUCGGAUGCCUCAACUCUCCGAUGAAGCAGCUCUACCAUACACCCAAGCCACUAUCUUAGAGCUCCAGCGUUUUUCGACGGUAGCCCCGCUAGGAGCCGCCCACGUCUCCACUGACGAAUUCAACCUGUACGGCUACACCAUCCCAGCACGAACCCCAGUGAUACCGAACACCUGGGCCAUCCACUACGACCCCAAGGUGUGGAAGGAGCCGGCGAAGUUCAACCCAGAGAGAUUCUUGACCGAGUCUAACUCGCUGAAGGGAGCUGAUGGCAUCGUUUCGUUCAGUGCAGGGAACCGUAUUUGCAUUGGCCGCCAUCUUGCUCGGAUGGAGAUGUACCUUCUCUUCACCCAUUUGUUGCAUCGGUUCAACUUCCGGAAGGUCGACGGUUCCCCGCCCCUCGAUUUCCGGGGUCACGGGAGCUUCGCGCGCGUUCCUGACCUUUACCUACUACGGGCUACAGAGCGCCACCAGGAGGGUGAAUCAUAAAUUCAAAAUAAUGAGACAUUGAAACACUCUUUACUAAGAGAUCGGGAAGUGCGUGGUGUACGUUGUAUUGCAUUGUGGAAAGGUUUGCGGUUGAGUAGGGACUUCCAUUAUUAAAGGGAUAUUACGGCCUGGAAUGCGCUCAAUUGGGCUAAAAACGCGUCUUAAACAAAAUGUUAUAUUUAUUUGAAAUAGCAUUUAAAAGUAGGAUAUAAACGUCCACCCAACCAUCCUU